AAUGGAACGCCGGUGGAUUUGAUGGCUCGCGCGCAGGCGCUGUGAUUGGAGAAGGCGCGAUGGAGCAUCAGCAGCUGUCUCUAGGGCUGCUGCAAGUGGCUGCUGUGUUCGUUCUUUGCUGGGGGAAUAGUUCCGCAGAUACAAACUGGAAGAAAUACCUGGUUCAGAUUGACAGAGCUGUGCAGAACUAUACACCAUGCAUGAAGGAAAACUGUCUCUGCCACCAAAGAGUUAGGGAACAGGACUUGGCUCCUUUUCAAGAGGGGAUCUCUAAGGAGUUGCUGUCAGAAGCCAUCAGUCGAAGGCUUGGGACACACUACCAGAUCGUUGAGAAGAAGUUGUACCGUGAGCACGAUUGCAUGUUCCCAGCAAGAUGUAGUGGGGUUGAGCAUUUCAUCUUGGAGAUCAUUGACGACCUUCCAGAUAUGGAGAUGGUAGUCAAUGUGCGAGACUACCCCCAGGUACCUAAAUGGAUGAAACCAAGAGUGCCCGUCUUCUCCUUCAGUAAGACUUCGGAAUAUUAUGAUAUUAUGUAUCCUGCCUGGACAUUUUGGGAAGGGGGACCAGCUGUUUGGCCUAUUUAUCCAACAGGCCUAGGACGUUGGGACCUAAUGAGAGAGGAACUCAAAAGCUCUGCAGAAAAAUGGCCCUGGAAGAAGAAAAUCCCUAAAGCCUAUUUCCGAGGAUCCAGGACAAGUUCAGAGCGGGAUCCACUCAUUCUUCUUUCUCGAGAAAAUCCAGACCUUGUUGAUGCAGAGUACACUAAAAACCAAGCCUGGAAAUCUGAAAAAGACACUCUUGGGAAGCCACCGGCUAAGGAAGUCCCACUAGUAGACCAUUGUAAAUACAAAUACCUUUUUAAUUUCCGAGGUGUAGCAGCCAGUUUCCGCUUCAAGCACCUCUUUCUUUGUGGCUCUCUGAUCUUUCAUGUCGGGGAAGAUUGGCAGGAAUUCUUCUACCCACAGCUGAAACCUUGGGUUCACUACAUUCCAGUCAAAUCUGAUCUCUCUGAUGUAAGGGAGCUAUUGGCAUUUGUGAGCAAAAAUGAUGAUGUAGCCCAAGAAAUUUCAAAAAGGGGUCGCCAGUUCAUCACGGACCACUUGCAAAUGGAAGACAUCUCUUGUUAUUGGCAGAGACUUCUGAUUGAGUACUCCAAAACCCUGACUUACAAAGUUAAACGGAAGAGUAACUACAGUGAGAUAUCUCCCAGACACUUCAAAACAGAACUGUAGAAAACACCAUUCCAUUUUCAGUUCAGGACUAGGGCUUGUAGACAUUGUGAAAUUCAAAGACCAGCAUUGGUUUUGUUCAACAGAAGCUCUGUAUUUCAUGCCACGAAAGUAUAAGGAGAGAAAAUAUGUUGUUACAUACUGAAUCAAAAUGUCUUAUCAGAUCCAGAAUUUUCUAUCAUGGUUCGUAAAAAUUUCAGAACUAUUCAAAUAAGUUAAGGGAGGCUAAGUUCCACUGAGUUCUAGCAUCACUUUGCUUUUGAAGUCUUUCUGAAAAGGACUUUAUUGGGAUUAAUCUGGUGUUGUGGUGAAUCAGUUGAGCAAUACUAGCUCAAUGGUGAGUGAAUCGUCUCUUGAAUCAUCAUGGUACAACAAUUAAUCCAGUGUUUGUCUAGUGUUAAGACACUAGUGUGUGGACCCACAGUGUACCAUAUCAGAAUAAUUUAAGGAAGAACAUGAAAUAUGGCCUCAACAAAAGUUGAUUGACCUAGAAAGAGAUUAUGAAGUGCAUGGCUCCAUGCAUGCACAUAACAGGAAAUGCAUGGGUAAAAGGGUCCAGGUAAAAGUAUAGCCAGAUAAACCUGGGGUUAAAGCUUAACUGUUAUGUUUUGUUUCAGUGACUGAAGAGGUAAAUAUUACAAGAAAAAAAUAUAUGUCAUGUCAGAUAAAUGUAUGUCAUGUCAGACAACACAUUAGUCAAUGCAGUAUGAAAACUCCACUCAGCGGUUUAGUUUUUAGGAGGUUCAUCCCACACAACAUGUUCUAACUCCACCGUUGUGUGACUGUGGGCUACUGUGGAGCUGAGUAAACUCCAUUGUGAUGUUUGAUUGACAGUUCCUCUGCCUUCUCUCCUCCCCUGGUCCUCCUGAUGGUAUCCCAUCAGCCAUUGCUGCAAAAAAAAAAAAAAAAAAAACACAAAUCCUGUCAGCUCUCCUAGGGGAGCACUUGCCCCUUUCACUGCUCUUGCCAGGGAACUCUGUAGCCAGUGGGAAAAGUCAACUCAACGCAGCGGAAAAUUCCACAGAGCCCUCCACAGAACAUGCAACACAAUGGUUGUGCAGGAACUCUCCUCUGCACAGCAUGGAUAUUCAGUGUGGAGUGUUUUCCAAAAAAAACCUCCACUAUAGGGUGGAGUUUUCCCACCAGGCAACACAUUUCUCAACGGUGGUGUAAAAACUGCACCAUGGAAUUCUAAAACCACCAUUGAGAAAUGUGUUAUCUGAACUGAGCCAUAAUGUGAUGGUGGAGUAGCAGUUACUGUUACCACUGAGAGGGAAUGAGGCCAAAUUUCUGUUUUUAUAUAUGGGAAAGUAGCAUCGAAAUUGGUUCAGUCUGAUUGGGGAAUAACUGAGCAUUCUAAAGAUGCCCAUUGGUCCUAAGUUUGAACAGAGGUGGUGUGACCGAAUGGUGGCCACACCAAAGGUGUUUGGCUGGAGAGUUCUGACUGGACCAAAUUUAAGAAGCUGUUGAGAGGCAUCUGGGGAAGGCUGCUGGGAGAGUUUGCCUCAGGAAGAGUCAUCUAGAGGUGUCUUUGUGAGAGGCUGUGGAGGCUGAGGAAUACAAUGGCCAGGAAGAAGAACAACUGUAAGACCAGGAAGCUAAGUUGAGAGCAUGUGAGGCUGAAGAAUGUCUGCUGGUGAGGAGACAAAGACUCCUGGAACAACCUUCAGAGGAAAGAGUUGAAGCCUGAGAUCAACUGGUGAUGAUGGUCCAAAGACAGGGAAAUAUAUAUAAACUUGUUUUAGAAUUUUAAGGGAUGACUUGAUUGCUUCUUUCAGUGUCAUUGACUUGUGAUAAGCCUCUUGAAGAGAGCCCCUAUACCCAGGUCGGACGACCGAUUUGCACGUCAGGACCGCUACGGACCUCCACCAGAGUUUCCUCUGGCUUCGCCCUGCCCAGGCUAGACCAAACGGAAGACUUCAGCCUUAAAGUUUCCAGGUGGAAGUCAAGCCCUACUAGAGAGAAGGCUGCUUUUCAAGCCCUCCUUGCUAGACCUGUGACUUAACUGGGAGGAGCUUGAUAAGUGAAUUAGCUUAUGUUUGAUUAGGUUAGGAACCAGGGCUUCUAACACAUGAUUGGUGGUAACACGAACAAUAUAGAAGCUGGGUUUUGAAAGUAACGGUAUAGAAACCUUGUUUGUAAAGUAACAGCAAUCUGAAAUAAUAAGCUUUCUUGUUUUAUGUCUUUUAAAUAAAAUACUGUAUAU